GUCGCAUGAAUAUGACGUCCUCCGUGACGACACGUUUCGUUCUUUAGCCAACGUUACGCACCUCAAUUUUUAGUUUUUUUUUUUUUUGGCAAAAUUGUUGGCUUUGUUUGUCUUUGGUGGGUUUUUUUAUUUCUUCAGCUCAGAUUGUUUAGAAGUCGCUUUUUGUCAGGAGCGUGUUUUUGUUCUUUCCCUUCGCGGGGGAACAAAGAGAGCGGAGAUGUAUAACGGGAUCGGAUUGACGACGCCGCGCGGCAGCGGCACCAACGGCUACGUGCAGAGGAACCUGUCGUGCGUUCGGGCCAAGCGCAGCCGAGACGAUCACGGAGGACCGAAGGACGAGAAGGAGAGAGAGAGACUGGAGAGUCAGCUGAACCGACAACCCAACGCUGAUAUCCUGGAGCACCAGCGGAAGAGACAGCUGGAGGUCAAAUGUGCUGAACUGCAGGACAUGAUGGAAGAACAAGGGUACUCCGCUGAGGAGAUCGAGGAGAAGGUGAGCAGUUUCCGUAUGAUGCUGCAGGAGAAACAGGAUCCUCCUCCACCCGCUGCUGAGAAACCAAACGUGACGGAGACGCACGCUCUCGCCGCCGCUAACCAGCAGAAGAACGACCGGCUCAGGGAGGCGUUCGGCAUCGGCUCGGACUACGUGGACGGCUCGUCCUUCCACCCCGAGCGUAAAGAGCGAGAGAGGGAGAAGAGAGAGCAGGAGAGGCUGGAGAGAGAGAGGAUGCAGCAGCAGAAAUAUCAAAUUAUUGAAGAUUCUGAUGAGUCGGAUUCUUCAUCUACUCGAAAACAGAGCCGUAAGAAGAAAAGGAAGAAAGAAAAAAGUAGAGAGAGCUCUGAAAGUCCUUCUCCAUCGCCUCGAAGAGAGAAGAAAAAAAACAAGACGAAGAAAAAGAAAAAGGAGCGAUCAGUGCAGAGUGACCGCGGGAGUUCGUCUGAGGACAGGCCGGAUGUAAAGAAGAAUAAAAGGAAGAGGAGCAGUGAAAACGAGACUCCGCCCCCUACGAAGAGCCGGCGGCGGCGACGCAGCGGAUCGUCCAGCUCGGCUCGCAGCAGGUCACCAGUCGCGGUGAAGGAGAAACAGCACAAUCCGCCUGUCAGCCGGGCAGACGAGGGGAGGAAGGGCAGGUCUCCUGAGCGCAGGGGUCGCCACAGGGACAGUCCGGAGAAGAUGGAGGUUAGAGAGAAGUCCUCGAGACAUUCCAGGUCCCCUGAGCGAAACAGGAAGGACCAGGAGAGGGAGAGGGAGAGAGAGCGAGAAAAGGAGCGAGUGAAGGAAAAGCCCCAAAGAGGACGCCACGAUUCGUCGUCUCCGUCUCGGUCUCCGCCCCCUAAACAGCAGAGAGACAGACGAGCACGCAGUGAGGAGCGAGACAGAGAGAAACCUCCUCAACGGAAAAGACACGACUCGUCCUCUCCGUCACAGUCUCCGAAACGCCAGAGAGACAGGAGGCAGAGGAGCGUCGAGAAAGAGCGAGAGGACGAGAGGAGGAAGAGGGACAACAAACCCCAGAAAAGACACGACUCGUCGUCAUCGCCGUCGCCUUCACCGCAGAGGGACAGAGCGCGGAGAGGACGCAGCGGCGAGAAGGAGAGAGCGUCUUCUCCCGCACGUCCUUCAGACAGGGACAGAACGAGGGACAGAGACGCCGUCCCGCAGAGUCGGGUCAGAGAGAGCGAUAAACGGAGAGAGAGAGCCCGCUCCAGCGACUCGCCCGGGUCACCUGCCCGCCGCUCGCCACGCUCCAACGGAAAGCAGAAAGAGGCGGAGCGAGCGAGGGAGAGGGAGCGAGAGGAGCAGAGAGAGAAAGAGCGGGAGGAGGCGAGAAGAAAAGAACGAGAGAGAGAUGCAGAAAAGGGACGAGAAGAGGCGAAGAGAAAAGAGCGAGAGAGUGACAGGGAAAAGGGACGAGAGGAGACGAGGAGAAAUGAGCGAGAGAACGACAAAGAAAAGGAACGAGAGGAGACGAGGAGAAACGAGCGAGAGAAUGAUAGAGAAAAGGGACGAGAGGAGACGAGGAAGAACGAGCGAGAGAGCGAUAGAGAUAAGGGACGAGAGGAGACGAAGAGAAAUGAGCGAGAGAACGACAGAGAAAAGGGAAGAGAGGAGAUGAGGAAGAACGAGCGAGGGAACGACAGAGAAAAGGAACGAGAGGAGGCGAAGAGAAGAGAGCGAGAAAAAGACAGGAGACGCUCUGAAGAGAGACCCUCCGGGAAAGACGGGGAGACGGGAGACAGGAAGACGGACCGAGACAAAGCCGAGACGGAGAGACGAGACGAGAAGGUGAGGGAGGACGAGAGGCCGGGGAGAACUCAGGAGAAGAGUCCACUGGAGAAAGAGAGAGAGAAAGCGCAAAGCAAGGAGAAGGAGAAAAAGAAAUCCAAAGGUUCGAGCAGCAGCAGUGACAGCAGCAGCAGCAGCAGUGACAGCAGCAGCAGCAGCAGUGACAGCGACUCCGACAGUUCCUCAUCGUCAUCUUCCUCCUCCUCUUCCUCCUCCUCUUCCUCCUCUUCCUCCUCCGACGAUGAAAAGAAGGAGAAAAGUAAAGAGGCGCCUCACGCCGUCGUAGCGCAGGCGGCGGCUCGGAAAGAGAAGGAGAAAGAGAAUGGAGGGAGAGACGCAGACAGGUACACGCCCACAGAGAGGGAGAGCUCCGCCCCUGUAUCCACACAGGCUCCGCCCACCCGAAAGGACAACAGGGAUAGAGGCAGAGACAAGAGAUCUCCAUCUCCUCAGAAGGAACGACAGAAAGAGAGAGAGCAAGGGAAAGAGAGGUACACUCCCACCGAGACAUCGAGCCCUCCUCCGUCUCCUCCAUCACGAAGGAGAUACAGUCCGGAGGAGAACGUAAGAACCCACGGCAAAGAUCUGGAGAAGUCCAGGGAGCGCGGGAGCGACCGGUACACGCCCAUGGACCUCGAGCGCCGAGAGAAGAACAGGACGAGCGAGAGAAAGCGGCCGUCUCCACCCAGAGCUCGGGAGGAGGAGAUCCAGAACAAACGGGCUGCAUCCCCGUCACGUUCUCCAUCACGUUCUCCGUCACGAUCUCCUGCACGACAGCGCGCAGAUCCUCCACGCUCCCCGAGCCCGAAGCGAGGCGUCAGGAGAGCGACACCGCCCUCGCGCCGAGACAGAGAGAGAGACCGAGACAGAGGGAGGCCAGGAGAGAGAGAGAGAGCACGCGAAAGGAGGACGAGAAGCAGCAGGUCACGAAGCCCACGCAGACGCUCACCUCCGUACAGGUCCCGUCGUUCUCCUUCUCCUGCGUAUCGGCGCAGAAGUAGUCGCUCUCUGUCCAGAGAAAGGGAGAGAGAGAGGGAGCGGGAAAAAGAGAGGGAGAGAGAGCGAGAAAAAGAGAGAGAGAGGGAAAAAGAGAGGGAGAGAGAGAGACAUCGUGAACAAGAGAGGGAGAGGGAGCGGGAGCAGGAGAGGGAGAGAGAACGAGAACGUGAAAAAGAGAGAGAAAAGAAAGCAAGAUCACCUCCUCGUCGCUCUCCAUCUUCUUCCUCUACGUCUUCAUCCUCCUCGAGUUCGUCCUCUUCGUCCUCGCCCUCUCCUCAGAGGAAACCUGAUCCCCAGAAGGACAGAAAGCCCGAGAAGAGGCUCCGUUCUCGUUCCUCCUCACCCCGUCCCGCUCGGGAUUCUCCUAAACGCUCCAGACAACCGCCUCCGCGCUCCAGAUCUCCUCCCGUCAGCCAAUCAGAUACGAGAAAGACCUCGAGGGGUCGCUCGAGGAGCCAGUCACCUGCUGAGCGACGCACGACUCGGAGCCAGGAGCGGCCAAUCAGAGGAGAGAACGCGGUGAACGGGAGAGCAGAGAAGGAAGUCGUGAAGCAACAGAAGAACGAUAGCAGGAGCAGCUCCAGCUCUUCGUCGUCCUCGUCGUCAUCGUCGUCUUCAUCCUCGUCCUCUGAUAGCUCCGACUCUGAGACGGAGAAAGGGCAAGGGAAAGCGGCAGCGAGUAGACGCUCGUCCUCGUCAGAGAGCGAGGAAGUGAAGAAGAAAAGUCCUCCACGUCGGCCGAGAGAACCUGCAGACUCGCUCAGAGACUCCAGAUCGCUCAGCUACUCUCCUCCUGCACGUCUGCGCCGAGCCGCACGCUCUCCCCCCGCGCGGAGGAGAUCGAGGAGCAGGUCGAGCAGCCGGCGGAGAAAAUAGUUAAUCGCGCUGUACAUCACUGAAGCGUUCUUCGUCUAGUUCUUUUCCCUGACCUUUCUAUUGUGUCUUUGGAGGGAAAAAAAGAAGAAGAAAAAAAAAGUCCCGGCAGAAAAAUAUUUGUAAAUUAUGAUCCACACGGACUGGAGCGAGGAAUCAUCUCAGAUUUUCUGCACUCACGUUCACCCACAGGGAUGUUUUUGGUUUAUUUUUUACUUUCAUUGCGGUGAUGAUGAUGAUGAUGAUGAUGAUGAUGAUGAGGAUGCGUGAGGAAAGAGAGAGAGAAGUAAAACCAUAGACACGUCAUGUGUUUCUCCGUGCCAACACAAACCUGAAUACUCGAUUAUAAAUAAAUAAAUAAAUACACCGGUGUCUCUCUCUCUCUCUCUCUCUCUCUGUCUUUCUCUCUCUCUCUCUCUCUCUCUCUCUCUCUCUCUCUCUGUCUCUCUCUCUCUCUCUCUCUCUCUCUGCCCUGCUGCGUUGUUCUGAAUGUAGAUAAAAGUCACUAUGGUCAGAACCGUCACUGAGUGGACCUUGUCCUGCUUACACGCCUUUUUCUUUCACUUUGUGGGAAAAGUCAAGGACUAAUGAAUAAAUAAUAAAUGGUUGUAUCUGUA